AUGGUUGCAUGCGUGUUAGACACCGGGGUUUGUAACGACGUUAUUGGAAAUUUCAAAAAGGAUGUCCCAGAAGCAGUUGAAACAGCAUGCAUCAAGUGCACACAAGCUCAGAAACACAUCUUCCACGUAUUUUUGCUAGCAUUGAAGAAUAAGCUGCCUAAAGAAUAUGAAGCUUUUAACAAGAAAUAUGAUUCUGAAGGAAAACACUUUGCUGCUUUGGAAGCUGCUGUAGCUAACUCUUAA